UCUUCCAUUCGGAGGAACUUUCAGAGAUUUCCAGUUAAAUGGCGAUGGAAAAUUCGCUCUUAAAAUGCGACCAAAUUCGCUGAAGAAGCCGAUUGUUCUUCUUUCGGUGUCACUCUUGAGCACCAUCUUAUUCGUGAUCUUCUUACAAGGCAGGCCCUACUCGUCGUCUUCUUCACUGGAAUCAGACGCCAUGGCCCGAAGCUUCAUCUUGUGGCUCCACGGGCUGGGCGAUUCGGGACCCGCAAACGAACCCAUCAAGACAUUAUUCAAGUCCCCAGAGUUCAGGAACGCUAAGUGGCUUUUCCCUUCCGCUCCUUCCAAUCCGGUCUCCUGCAACUAUGGUAUGGUGAUGCCUUCAUGGUUUGACAUCCCUGAGCUUCCUCUUACAGCGGGCUCUCCAAAAGAUGAAAGCAGCGUGCUUAAAGCCGUUAAAAAUGUGCACGCCAUUAUAGACAAGGAGAUUGCUGGGGGAACAAAUCCAGAAAAUGUGUAUAUCUGUGGAUUUAGCCAAGGAGGCGCUCUAACCCUGGCUAGUGUUCUUCUUUACCCAAAAACUCUUGGAGGAGGUGCCGUCUUCAGUGGAUGGGUUCCAUUUAAUUCUUCGAUCAUCCAAAAGUUUUCUGAAGAUGCUAAGAAGACACCAAUCUUAUGGUCCCAUGGAAUCGAUGAUAGGACCGUGCUCUUUGAAGCCGGUCAGGCUGCUCUUCCUUUCCUUCAAGAAGCAGGCGUGACUUGUGAGUUCAAGGCAUAUCCUGGUCUAGGGCACUCGAUCGCGGACGAUGAGCUCAGGUAUUUGGAGUCAUGGAUGAGGCAAAAGAUGCAGAGCUCUUCCUCUUAGACGUUUCAAUGCCCUAAACCUCAUUCCAAGGUGACGGACAUACUUUUAGAUGCCAGUUCUCUUCCUGAGGAUGAGAAACAUUUUAAAAACUUCAAGUUCAAGAAACAUAAAACACUUCCAGACAGUGUCUCUGCUUCAUCUGUGUGUCCCUUUGCUUGUUUUACUUGUU